UUUAAGGCGCCCGAAAACCGUGGGAGGAAAACAAAGCCAAAUAUAUCGAAAAUGUAAUUAUUUCAAGUCUUCAGUGCGCUAUAUUUGCAUUCUGAGCAUAACGUACAUUCGUUUGGUCGAUUAGUUAACCGUUUUCCGGCAUCGGAUUCCGUUUUGAGAGGUUGUUUAUCAGUAGUAGGGGGAACUUGAAACCGCUCUUGUCCCAUUUCCUCGGUUGUUUUGCUUUUUUCGCCUGGAUUCUCCAUGUUGGAGCAAUAGCGAGGUCUUUCACAGUGUCACUAGCAAGUGGAGCUACCGUUCAAUUACUUUUUUUACAUCCUGUUACAUAUAUGUGGCGAAAAAGGUAGCCAGUAUUAAGAAACAAUAACAGCUAGCGAAUACGUUUCGUCCGUUGCAACUUGGAGGAAGCGAACAAAAACAAUUUGCUUUUUGGAUUAUAGCGAAAGAGAAGACCACAACGGCUUGCCCCAAGCGCGACAGCUAACAGCUAGCUAGCUGAAUGUUGAAAGUGCCUGUGACUGGGGGGAACGGAUUGGAUUUAGAGGGGCUGCGCAUUUGUUAGAUGGAAAGUUCUAUCAUCACUCAAGUGCAAAAAGAAGAUACUCAGCUACCGUCCAAGACAGGCCAGGUGAGCAAAUCUUCCCCCAAGAAGCCUCGGAGCCGGAAUAUCUUCAAAGCGCUCUUCUGUUGCCUCCGAGCACAGGAUGUCCCCCAGUCUCCUCCCCCUUCCCAGGAUACUUUGCUGCCUCCUGAGGACAAUGGGACGAUCGCCAAGUAUGAUCUGCUCCAAACUCUUCGCUACCAGUAUCACCAAAUCCCAGGGACCAGCUUGCUACCCGAGGUGACCCCUCAGGACCAAGGCAAGAUCUGCGUGGUCAUCGACCUGGACGAGACUUUGGUGCACAGCUCCUUCAAGCCAAUCAGUAAUGCUGAUUUCAUCGUACCUGUGGAGAUUGAGGGGACGACACACCAGGUCUAUGUUCUGAAGAGACCCCAUGUAGAUGAGUUUCUGCAGAGAAUGGGGGAAAUGUUUGAGUGUGUCCUUUUCACUGCCAGUCUAGCCAAGUAUGCAGAUCCAGUAACUGAUCUGCUGGACCAGUGUGGGGUCUUCCGGGCCCGUCUCUUCCGGGAGUCCUGCGUCUUCCACCAGGGCUGUUAUGUUAAGGACCUGAGCCGCCUGGGCCGGGAGCUCAACCAGAUCCUCAUCCUGGACAACUCCCCCGCCUCUUACAUCUUCCACCCCGAGAAUGCUGUGCCUGUGGUGUCCUGGUUUGACGACCUAGAGGACACAGAACUGCUGAACCUGCUGCCCGUGUUUGAGGAGCUGAGUGAAGCGGACGACGUCUACGCCAAACUAAAGCAGCUGCGUGAACCCUGAUCAAACACUCGCACCUGUGCACCCGACCCUUCUGAAUGAUGCCUGCCCGCACACUCCUGCGCCCCACACACACACACACACACACACAUAUACACACACAUAUAGGUUUACACACACACACACACACACACACACACACACAGAAAGCGUGUUUGCGUAGAGGCAACACUAUGGAGACACAAAGCCAAACACAGACACAUCAGUAUAUGCACAUACACUGAGGGCACAUGUAGCGCACACACACACACACACACACACACACACACACAGAAAAUCUCCUCUCUCCCCCAAAGACUGCCCAUGCUGAGCCUGGUGCUUUCAGUUCCAGAAACGGUAACAAUCGGACAGGUUGUCACUAAUAAAGAGCACUGCAGCCCCUCCCCCACACAAACAAACACACACACACACACACACUUCCACACACAUUUUAAAUACAUAAACACACACUUCUACUUGGAGGAAGCAACCCCUCCUUCCCUUUCCCCACUCCUCCAAAUGAACCUUAAAUUCAUAUAGCACUAAUCCACGACACCACGACACUUCUUUCCCCUGAACGUGACUGGUGACUCUCUUACUGUAUGAACGUUACCCAUGCCAAAUCUCUCCCACAGACCCUUCACUCCGCAACUGUCCAAUAGGAACGCACAGUCUCUAAUAACCCAUUAACCCUCACCGAUGUAUGCCAACUGGCACGCAGCAACAUUGUUUAAAGACUUCCUGUUAGAAAAGCAAAAUACUGCUCUAGUUUUCCCUUGGGAAAUCUAUCUUCAGGAAACGCCCUCAAUGCUGAACCACGGGCGGCCCGUGACCCAAGCGACUUGACCGAGCACGACACUCAAUGAGAAGACACAGUGACCUACGACCAGACCUUUAUUCGGGAGCUUGGAGUCUCCAUCAUCGUGCCUUUUUUUUAGAGGAAAAAAAAAGCAAAGAGGACAAAUUUUAAAGGAAAGGAAAAAAGCUUUGUUCCUAAAGAGAUGGUUGUUCUUUUUCAAUAGUUAGUUUUUUUUUCUAUAUACGUUUUCUAAAUGUCUUUUGAUGUUCUCUAUGUUAAAAAAAAAAUAUAGGUAUUUUUUGUAUUUUUUUCUGAUGUUGAGGAAGAACAGCCAUACAAUUGAUAGCCUCUCUUCCUGGUUGUAUCUGUCUAAAAAAAAAAAAGAAAAGAAAACCUCAGUGUUUUUUUGCCAGUGGUGACAUCAUCCUCAGCCAAUAGGGACCAUCGCAAUCAGUUCCCUUUCCAAGACCACUCUCUCAGUGUGUUCUGGUAGUUUUAUACCUUUCACUUUGCCUAGAUAUGCAAAUCUACCUGUCACACCUUUUCAAUUCAGUCUUUCUCAAGCAUUUUUUGGCCUUUCUCCAAUUCACCUAUUUGUAGGCCUUAAAUAUUUUGAGACCCUACUGGGAAUUAGACUUAAAUUUGCCAUCGACGCACUGCAACUACAGUAUUCAAGUAUGUAUGUAUGGCUGUUCUGAGCAAUCUGAUUUUAUUUUAGGGUUGGGGGUGGAUGGCUGUUAAAACUUAGUGCUAUGCAUAUGGGUGUAAUUCUACCACCCAAACCCCGCUAAACCAAACGUGGAUCUUUAUCACUACUUUAUACCAAGUCAGCAUUUAACUGUUAAGUAUUGCUUAUUUGAAAAAAAAAAGAAAAAAGCAACCUUGAAGAAUAGGAUAACAAAUUGUAGUAGGGCAGGAAAAUUCAUUUGCGUAAUAGCAUAUUAAAGCAAAGGACCUGUUCGUUUCUCCGUUUGGAGAAGGUGCCUGGUUGAAGUUGGUGGAUGUGAGAACAUCCGAGCUUGAAAGUAUGUUCAGCCCAGGCAAGCCCCAUCUGCUGCAUUUCUCUUGUCAUUGUUAUGUUGUUCUUUCUUUUGCGUUCUUGUUUUUUUGUUUUAUUUUGUUUGCCAAAAGCCUCAAUAUUGUUCUUAAUGCCCAAAUGAAGUGCCUUGACUGUGCACAAUUGGACUCUUUCUCCACUCCUAAAUCUUUUGUUUUCUUUUGUUUUACCAUCAGAAUUAGUGUGUAUUUCUGUGGACUUGUACGCUGCAUAUUCAAGCAAAUGAAUCGCUCCAUAAAAUAAUUCUUUCCAAAGUGAUAAACCCAUGGCUUUCUUUUCUCUUUUGUUUUGGUCUUGGAUUGGAUGUUGUUUCAUUCAUUAUUUUAUUAUUCUUUCUUGCUUUCCCUCUUGCGUCUUCCUUUCUUUUCUGUUAUUCUUUCUUUCUUGCUUUCCAUUUCAUUCUUCAUCUUGCUUAUGUGUAUAUUCCUGAGGAUAAGAUAUCCACUUGCCUAAUUCAUGGGUCAUUUAGAUCCUUCAUCUCUUUGUCCUUACGUGUAUGCUGGAGCAUCUUGAAUUUAUAAACUAAAGCUUUUGGAGAUGCAAAUCUGCCAAAGCCAUUUUCCAGACUAAUUUGUAGAGGCAACGAACACAGCACAAGGAUUGAGUUUUGCCUUGAUUUCAUUAGCUUUGGAGCGAAGAGUGAUCCGCCUCUUGAUGAUAUGACUCCUGAAUUACUAGCCACAGGCUCUGCAUUCAACUUGGCCUUGAAUACCAAAUGAAACCCAAAUGAGCCCACUGAGAGGACAUCCACAAAUUUAGACAGGUUUACUGUAUGAUCGACAAUUCAGUAAGUCAUGGUGAGGGGGUAGUAAGGAAAGUUGUUGUUAAUGAAUCUCCGUUUUAAUGGAACAGGGUUAGGAAUCUCUUGAGUAGGCUAUUGUAGUGUUCUGACCAUAACAAUUGAGGGGAAGCAAAAAGGCGUUCACAAUUAUACCUUCUCAUUUGUGUGGUGCUAGCACAACAGAACUUUUGGGGAAACCACCCAGAUAUGGAAAUGAUACAAGAAGCUGGUUUUUACUGUAUGUGCAAUUAUGAAAAAAAAAAAACGAAUGUCAGUUGGUGUGUCUGGUCUUUCAGGGCUGGUUGACAUAUACACACAGGUUUGUUUUCUUACAUGUGUUCUUGUUGUGUUACAUGUUAUUAUAUGUUGGGAAUCAAAAGAAAGCAGGGGUUGUCUGAGCUUUUAAACUGUCAUAGAUUCAACCACGUGUCUCUGACUCAUUGGAGUCUGAGGGCAUGUUUCCCUGUGACAUUAUUUCUUAAGUUCUGGUACUCCUUUGAGAAUUUUACAUGGGUUUUGGAAAAUCACAUCUGCACCUCAGUCAUUUUCAGUAACCAUCCCACCACUGCCAUCAAGGGUGCUUUUUGUCACCAACUUUGACCUCCUCAUGUGGUAGCAUUAACUCGACACGUAUAGCUAGAACAAUCUCACGAAUUCAUGGGGCAGCUCAGCCUAAGCUGGUACUGCAUUGUGUUGCAUUGCAUUUUGCAAACUGUAACCCGAUAUUAAGGACCAGUCACUAGUUAAUUAACAGCAGAUACUGAUACAAUGAGUUCUGAGGGCAUUUAUGCAGUUUUCUUCUGCCUGAUGUUCAGACAGACUUGCUUUACUGAUUAAAUACCAGCAAGCUGGCCUUCACCUACCACGUAAUGAGAUGAGACCCCUGUGUCUCGGGUUCGGUUUCUGGCGACAUCAGAUUUUAAGUUUUUCUUGACGGUGUCAAGUGGACCAAUAAAAAAGUGUCUCUAGAGGGAUGUUGAUGGGCAUAUUUUGUUUCUCGCAAGAGUGAGGUCUCCCGCGACCCCCUCCCCAUGGUUUGUAUUUGUAAACGUCCUGCAAAUCCACUUCAGUGUUGAAGCGUGUGGACAUGAGUGUUCAUCUGAUGAAUGAAAUCUAGGACCUACAGAUGUUCUGUGCCUGGUCAGAGGAAGCCUUAGUUUGAAAAAAAAAAUGACAUUUGUUUUGAGUCUGUCAAGGUUUUUUUCUUUUUAAAAAAAAAAAUUAUAUAAUUAUUUGAUCAAGGUAUGCACCAUGAACAAUAAUGCCAAUAAUAGCUAUGCAGAAGGAAAGAGUACAUUACUUUACAAAAAGGAAAAGAAAAUCAUCUAUUAAUCUCUUCUCUUUUUUUGCAAAUAUACUAUUUUUAAAAACUUGAAAUAAGAUGAGUACACAAGAUUUCAACAUAUUUCAUUUUUAAUUUUUGUUUUCUGUUCUCUUUUUCAUUUGUUCAACUAGAAACUCUGAAAAUUGAAAAUAAAAACAUUGAUUAUGA